AUGGCAAAAUUGAAAAGGGAAUUAGGGAUUUGGAAACCAGCCGCGUUCUUCAUCCAUUUGGAGAUGGCUCUGUUGCAGGGUAAGGUGGCUAUUGUCACUAGCGGAGCCACCAGAAUAGGAGUGGAAGUAGUGAGGAUAUUCGUGGAAAACGGAGCAUUUGUGGUCAUAGUAGACAUAAAGGACCAACUAGGUCACAGUUUGACAACUUCGUUUGGCUCAGAUAAAGUGAGUUAUCGACACUAUGAUGUGAGAGACGAGAAUGAAGUUGCAGAAACAAUGGCAUUCACAAUAGAGAAAUAUAACUGCUUAGACAUCAUGUUCAGCAACGCUAGCAUCGCAUGA